GUUAUGAGACAAUCACAACUGCAAGAAUCUCAACGACUGAGAAAUAAAUUCCCACGGUCCGAAUCAAACAUUUAUACGGCAACGACAAACAUAAACAACUAUGAAUGGACGAAAUCAAAACGCUAUACCAGGUUUAUACGAUGACUAACAAUAUGGCAAAUUUAAACUCUUGGCCAAUACUAAGCUUUAUACCAGCGGAAUUAGCAGUAAAUGUUCGGAAAGCAUUUGUUUUUGGAGGAGCUGGCAACGAGGCUUUGAUUGUGUUAGUAAAUGGAGAUGUGUAUGCUUUGGGUUUCAAUGGAAAUGGUUGUUUGGGAGUUGGAAAUGGCAGUAGCACCUUAGAGCCAAAGAAAAUUGAUGAAUUAUGUCAAAAGGAAGUGGUCAAUUUUGCAUAUGGAAUGGGUCCUCAUGUACUGGCAGUUACUGACACCGGCGAGCUCUAUAGUUGGGGGCAUGGUGGAUAUGGCCAGUUAGGACACAAUGAUGGUGAGAAAAGUAAACCAGUGCUUGUUACAAUGCCAAAGAAAGUUAUACAAGUUGCAUGUGGUUCCUAUCAUUCAGUUGCUUUAACAGAAGAUGGGGAGGUUUAUGCAUGGGGUUCAAAUAAUUGUGGUCAGUUAGGUCUUGGUGUAUCAAAUAAUCAAGCAACACCAAAGAGAGUUACUGGUCAUUUAUCUACAUAUAACAAACGAAUUGUGGCAGUGUCAUGUGGUCAAUCAUUUACUGUAGCUUUAACAGAGGAUGGCGAGUUAUAUUCGUGGGGAUACAAUGGAAAUGGACAACUUGGAAUCGCAAAUAACACAAAUCAACAAUUGCCAGCCAGAGUGAGUAACCUGGUUGGUAAAUUUGUUGAGAAGAUUGCAUGUGGGAUGGCACAUGUGUUAGUGUUAACGGAUACUGGUGAAUUAUAUAGCUGGGGUGCAAAUUCAUAUGGACAAUUAGGACUGGGUACAACCUUGAAUGUGUCACAGCCUCAACUGAUACAGGUUGAAGAAAGAUGGACUGACAUAGCUGCCCAUCAUUACAAUCAUAUUUCUGCAGGCGUUACAACAUCAGGAAAGAUUUGUAUGUGGGGACAAUGUCAUGGAUUAACUUUGUUGUCACCACGAGAAGUUGCUGUUGGAAGUUUAGAUGGUGUGUUUGCAUGCUUCGGAAUGCCACAGAUUAUGUUUAGAUAUGCUGAAAUAGAUCAAGAGGAGAAUCAUAGCUUAAAGGAAAUAGUAGCACAAUCAUUUGAUGAUGCGGAGACAAGUGAUUUGAAGUUUAUUGUUGAUGGAAAAGCAAUUCAUGUUCAUAAAUCCAUACUGAAAAUCAGGUGUGAUUAUUUUCGAAGUAUGUUGCAAUCUCAUUGGGAAGAAAACAGCAAGAACGAAAUUGAGAUCACGCAAUUUAGUUACGACGUCUUCGAAGCUUUUCUUCGUUAUUUGUACACGGAUCAUGUGGACAUCAAUCCAGAAGAUGCUGUGGGUUUGUUGGAUUUAGCUGAUUCCUAUUGCGAGCCUCGUUUGAAAAAAUUAUGCGAAAGUGUCAUGAAGAAAGGGAUCACCAUAGAAACUGUUGCUGUGAUGUUGUCAGCGGCGAUAAAAUACAAUGCUAAGACGUUAGAGGAGUUCUGCUUUCGUUUUGCAAUGAAUCAUCUCACUGCGGUCACACAGACCGAAGCAUUUAAAGAACUAGAUGGCGACACUGUGAAAAUGUUCAUUAUUAAAGCCGGCUCCAGUGGAGCUUUCAAACGAUAGAUCUUAUAUUUUUAUAUAUAACUUGUGUGACCACUGUUAGCGUGGUCAGCAUCGACAUAGUGCAGGAUCAAACGAGUAAAAACGUUUUAUACUCUUCCUGGUAGAUUAUAUGGCCGCAAGAAAUACUGAGAGUAGCUACCAAUAUGGACGUAGAUGCGUCGACGAGGCUGCACUACUAAACAAUAUUCAAUGAAUUAUUAUUUUUUUAGUAAUUGUAAAUUCUGCGCGAAGUAAAAUUUUUAUUAAAAUCGAAUCUCCACUAAAGCGAAAUGCAAAGAAAUCGAGCAAGAGGCGAUGUAUGGACAUGCGCAGUAGCUAAUAUUAUCGCUGGUUUUAGCUAGAGAGAAAAAUUAUGUCGUGUUUUUUUUAAAAAAUUAGGUGAUUAUUUUGAAUCUAAACAAAACUAAACUUUUAAAGAUGUCUGCUUCGGUGAGCUUGAAACUAAAUACAAAAUCAUCUUCACUGGAAGACAUUUUUAUGUUUACAUUUUUGGCGCGUUUUGAAAUGGUUUUCGCAACCUUUUGCUGGGAAACUAACUAACUAAAGUUUUCGCUUUGUUUCGCUUUUGUGUUAAUUCGCGUUGAAUUAUUUAAACUAGUUUUGAUUCUGGAGAUCAGUACUGAAGCUUCAGACACGUUUUUUUAUAAAGCAAAACGUUUAUAAACAUGUGAAUGGAAGAAAAAUAAAACAUUGGCUUAAACA